GAGUGUUGGAGAGGUUGCUGUCCAGUGUCGAGCAGCAGCAGUGUCAGAUGACCUCCAGGGGUCUCUUAGAGUUCCGCUCCAUCUCUGAGGAGGAGGACGCAGUGGUCGGAGUCCAGUUGGCCAGAAAGGAGCUGCAGCAGCUCAGCCGCAGAGCCCAGCUCUGGCCCCUGAUGGAAGAACUGGCUGUGCUCAACCAGCUGCGACUCAGCACUGACCUGCUGCACCUGGCUCUAUCUCCUGGUGAUCAGGAGGCAGAUGACAACAUACGGCGGGAACUCUCCAGGCAUCUUCGUUACUGCCUCCAGUCCACACCGAUGAAUGUCAGUCAGCUGCAGCCCCUCUGGUUCCUGCUCAGCAGUGACAGGCCCGCUGAGGAGCUGCAGUUUGUGUGGUGUGACCUCUUGUCAGAGGCUCUGGCUGCCUUGUGGACCAGCUACGUGACCUCCGACCCAGACCGCUGGUUGAAAUGGGACCCACUUAAUCCUGAGACCCAGCCAGCUCCAAAGCUGCCCCAUGGAGCAGAUAAUAUGGGUCCAGCCUUGUUAAGUAAAGCAGUGUGGUCGCAUUGCAUGCUGGGAGUGCUCAUGAGCAGUGAGACCAGAGAUCGUUGGGAGCCGUCGGCAGCCGUCCUGCUCUCCCUCUCCCAUGUCACCCUGGGGGAGUGGAAGGAGAGGAUCCAGCAGCUGCAGGAUGUGUCUGCAGUGUUGUGGGACAACAUGGCCAUCCCUGCACUCGCUGAGUUCAGGGGCACAGACUUCAGACUGCAGGGCGUGGUCCUGCGUCGGCAGCUUCAGAGCAUGGCAGACCUGCUGCCUCCCAGUCUGCAGGAGGGCUACAUGGAGAGCUGCGAGAGCCUGGUGGAGGAUGCUGACCCUCUGAUAGCUGCCCAGGAGAUCCAAACAGUCUUCAGAGACUUCCUUCCCCCCAAUCUGCUCCCCGACAGCCUGGUGGAGUCCUGCAUCACCUGCCUGCAGCAGUACGUCCAAAGCAAAGUCCAAGGCUCCAACUCCCUGGCCCGCUCCGGAGUGUUCUGGGUCAACAUGGGCCUGUUGCAGAUUAAAGUGUGGACACCACAAACCAUCUUUGAUCCAGCUGUGAAGAGGGCCUACAAACUCAACUACGCUCAGCAAGAGCUGGCUCUGCUGCAGGAGGAGUGGAGAGGUCGUAGUCUGUCAUCUCAGCUGAUGACUGGAGCAGAGCUGGAGGAGAGCAGCACCACUGAUGGCUUCCAGCAUCCUCGGAUCAGGUACUUGUGGAUCCGUAUGCAGCAGGUGAAGGAGCAGAUAGCUGAGCUCUCCAGGAAACAGGCCUGUCGCCCUCAUGAGCCUCAGUAUGGUCGACUCUUCCAGGAGCUCCAGCAUUACCUCUGCAGCAUCGGCCAGGCAUCCAGAGUCGAGGACCUGCUGUCUCACCUGCUCAAGGCCCUGCAGGGCUCCUCCAAAUCCAGGUCGUUUGUUCAGAGUCUGCUGAAGGAGGAGGCUGUGUGGCAGAACUCCCAGCAGCGCUUCUCCCAGAGGCUGCCCGAGGAAUACCCCCUGUACCCCGACGUGGUCGGGCCAGUGCGGACCGGCAUCCUCCAGCUCCGGCACGGCAUGAGGCUGGUGGCCUCCCAGUUGGCUGCCUCGCUCACGCCUGUGCCAGGUCUGCACAAGCUGGUGUCCUGCCUGCUGGCCUUCCCCUCCCUGUCCUCCAGUCUUCCAUCUUACCUCGCCCGGGCAGACUUCCUCUGCUCCACGACUUGUAUGGACGUACUGCGUUGCCUGGUGAAGCUCCUGCCCCAACAGGACCCUGAGCAUGUGGUCCCCAAGUCCUCCACGCUGCUUCUGAAUGCUCUGCUGCUCGUGCAUUGCCAUACCCUGUCCACAGGAGAGUUCAGCUCCGAGGCACACAGCCUCUUCAGACACAUCUGUCAGGCCGUGGUGAAUGAGUGGGACGAGCAGGAGAGACUGAAGAGAGAGAGAGAGCAGCUGGAGGCCAGUCUGUACCGCAACCGCUCUCGACUGCACGGCUCAGGACUGACUGAGGAGGAGCAGGAGGAGAGGGACUUCAGACGCCAGUUCCCACAGUUCAACAAGGAUUUUGCAGACAUCAUAUCCCAGCCAAGCCUGGAGGCUCCAGCGGACUCCGAGAUUGAGGAGGAGAAAGACCAGGAGGAGUCAAUGGAGAGCGGCUCCCUGUCUCGGCCUGCCAUGAACAUGGUGGUCCAGCUUCACCAGCAGCUGUGUCUGGGAUACGCCCGAUCACUGUGGUAUAAGGGCACAGUAACAGCCAAUCGCAGCAAAGAAUCCAUCAAAGCUCUGGUCUCCUCCUACCAGAUCGCUGCCCCUUUGAUGUCACGCUUCUAUCAUCUGAUUGAUGCUGAACUGGACCAGCAGUUGACAGGAAGUGAGCUGCUGCUCUCUGCCCUCCUCCAGAACACGGUGCAGGGUUCAGGGGGUCCUGAUGGUCUGUGUGUCACCUCAGACGGACCCUAUGACUUUUAUCAGCAGCCCAACAUGAGCGAGGCCUGCCACUGUCUCCCUGUUCUCGAGCAGCUGAGUGUGGCAGUGAAGCAGAGACUGGACGACUGGCCCGAACACCCGGCGCUCGUACAGCUCACUGUGGUGGUGGAGAGGAUCAUGGCUUUCAGUCUGGCCAGUCCACUCGCCAAGUUCCUCAACGGUCUGGAGAUUCUGCUCAGUAAAGCGCAGGACUGGGAGAAUAACGCCAGCCGCUCAGUCUCUCUGAGGAAAGAACUGGAACCAGUCACCCAGCUCAUUAUCCAGUGGCGCAAAUUGGAGCUCAAUUGUUGGUCGAGCAGUCUGGACAACGCAAUGAAGCGGCACACUGAGAAAUCAAUCAAGCACUGGUUCUCUAUAUACCAGCUAGUAGAGAGGUAUCUGGAGGAACAGAGGAACGAGGCCAAUACAG